AUGAAAUUGAGCAAGAACCAGCUCAGAAGAGCCAAGAAAAAAGCCCAGAAAGCCGAGACUACGAGCCUUCCCAUUGACAGUACCUUAUCACGGGAGCUGUCACCACCUCCGGCAGUGGCUCAGGAUGCACCAACUGAUACCAACACCGAUCUGCUCACCGAACCAAACGAUCCGCUAUGGGAAAUGUACAAAAGCGUCGCCGGAAGAUUCGACGAGACAGUGAACGAAAAUUUAUUGACGAAGGAGACUGAUAAACCCGAGGUCUUCUUUGACGAUGGUGAUGAAAUACCCGACGAAGAGCAAGAGAGCGAGCACAAGAUUUCAAAAAAGAAGCGGAAAGAAAUGAACAAGCUAUCCGUUGCUGAACUCAAAGCAAUGGUGCGAAAGCCUGAAAUCGUUGAAUGGACAGAUACAUCCGCCCCUGAUCCUCGACUUCUCGUUCACAUUAAAGCCCAUCGCAAUGUUGUCCCGGUUCCCUCUCACUGGUCGCUCAAACGAGAGUAUCUCUCAUCCAAACGGGGAGUGGAGAAGGCGCCGUUUGCUCUCCCGAAAUUUAUACAGGAGACCGGAAUAUCUGAAAUGCGCGAUGCUGCUUUAGAGAAGCAGGAACAGUCAAGUUUGAAACAGAAGCAACGGGAAAGAGUGCAGCCAAAGAUGGGCAAGCUGGACAUUGAUUACCAGAAGCUUUACGAAGCAUUUUUCCGUUUCCAAACCAAGCCAGAGCUGACUCGUUACGGUGAGAUAUACUAUGAGGGCAAAGAGUACGAGACCAAUCUCAAGCAUCUCCGACCCGGCGAACUGAGCGAUGAGCUAAGGGACGCUCUUGGUAUGGCCCCAGGAGCCCCUCCCCCGUGGCUCGUCACCCAGCAGCGACAUGGUCCUCCAUCCUCCUACCCCGCGCUCAAGAUUCCCGGCCUCAAUGCGCCGCCUCCCCCGGCGCGUCGUGGGGCUACCACCCCGGAGCCUCAACAGCAUGCCCAACAAGGAGAGCCGAUCGAAAAGGAUCUUUGGGGAGAAUUGCAUGAACCAGAAGAGUCAGAAGAGGAGAGUGAAGCAGAGGACGAGGAGGAUGAAGAUGCAGAGGAAAGCGAUGAAGAUGGUAUGGGUGCAGGUGCUCAUUCUCCUAGUGGCAUGGAAACCCCAAGUGGAAUAGAUUCAGCAGUACCAUCUGAAUUUGUUGGCGCUGAGAAUGUUUCUGGGGAGUUUGACGUGCGCAAACACCAUCGUGGUACUGACACAGAGGACUCCGUUCACCCUCGGAGUGCUUAUCAAGUCAUUCCCGAGAGGCAAACAAACGUGGAAGGCUUUUUCGGGGGUGAUAGGGCCUACGACCUUGGCGGAUCAACAGGCAAGCCUCCUGUUCUCGGCGCAGAGGACCAAACCCGCAAACGCAAGAAGCCUGGGGAUGUUGAAGUGUCUGUCAACUUGGAUGCAAUUCAAUCUGGCGAUGGCCUCAGCAAAGAGAGCCUCCAGAGCAUGUACGAGUCACAGAGACAGCAGCAGAAUCCACCGAACUGGGGUUUCCAGGAAGACCUGAGUGAUAUGAUUGCUCAGGAGCACCGCAAGAGAUUCCGGAAGGAGGAGGAGAGACGAGGGAAGCAUUAA